UACUUUUCUAUCCAAAAAAUGGAAACUCAUCACAUUUCAAAAAGUCACUCCACCAAAAUGGCUCAUCAUGAAGAUGAACUCAAAAGAGUCACUUACCCACUCGAUCCCAACAGCUAUCAAAUCCUCAACGAAAUCGGUAGAGGAUGCAGCGCCGUGGUCUACAAGGCGUUAUGCACCACUACCUCCUCCGUUGUUGCCAUCAAGUCUAUUGACCUUGAUAAAUCAACCACCGACGAUUUUGAUAAUAUUCGUCGUGAAGCCAAAACAAUGUCUCUUUUAUCUCACCCGAAUAUCCUGAAAGCCCAUUGCUCUUUCACGGUGGGCCAACGUCUCUGGGUGGUCAUGCCUUUCAUGUCCGCGGGCUCACUCCAAUCCAUUAUUGCAUCUUGCUUUCCAAAUGGAAUUUCUGAGUCUUGUAUUUCGAUAGUUUUAAAAGAAACGUUAUUGGGCCUUUGUUAUCUUCAUGAUCAAGGCCAUCUUCACAGAGAUAUCAAGGCUGGCAAUAUAUUAAUGGACUCAAAUGGGUCAAUCAAGUUAGCAGAUUUUGGUGUUUCGGCAUCUAUUUAUGAAUCUAGUUCUCGUUGUCUUAUGUUUAACGAAAUCACUGGGACGCCUUAUUGGAUGGCACCAGAAGUUAUAAAUUCAUAUAAUGGAUAUAGCUACAAGGCUGAUAUAUGGUCAUUUGGAAUCACUGCACUUGAGUUAGCACAAGGGAGACCUCCAUUAUCCAACCUUCCAUUUUCGGAAUCUUUAGUGAUGAAGAUAACAAAAGGUUUACGCUUUUCAGAUUACCAAAAAGAGGAAGAGAAAGGGCGGCACAAGAGUAAUAUUCCCAAGUUGUCGAAAUAUUUCAAGGAGAUGAUUGGAUUGUGUCUAGAUCUUGAUCCUUUGAAACGCCCAACUGCGCAGAAAUUGUUGAAGCAUUAUUUCUUCAAGAAUUGUAAAGGGUGUGACUUUCUUGUGAAGAAUUUGCUUCAGGGGUUGCCUUCUGUUGAAGUCAGGUUCAAAAAACAUAAACUUCAAAGAAUUGCAUCAAUGACUAAAGAACAAAGGGAACAUGAUAUUGAAGACGAAGACGAAGAAAUUGAAGGUGGUAGUAGUUUGCAGAAACACAGGAGGAUUAGUGGAUGGAAUUUUAAUUUGGAUGCUAAUUGUGAUCAGUUAAAUCCUAUUUUUCCCAUUGGGGACACAACCAGUAGUAUAUCCAAGGAUCUUGAUCAAGGUUUACCAACGGAAAAAGGUACUAAGGACGAUGAUUUUGUGAAACAAAUUACAGUUGGGGGAGAGAGUUUGAUAUCUGGAAAAGAAGGAGAGUCUACAGAUGCAAGCAAAGCAAGUUCUCCUAGUGCGGUAAGUAGUGGAUGUGGUGGUGGUGAGCUUGAUAUCGGUGGGAUUGAUAGGGAAGUUGUUGUAGGGAGCUUGAAGACAUUGAAGAGGAGUUUGGAUGAUCAAAGAGAGAAAGUUAUGUAUAUGCUUGCUGUGGUUGGAGCCGAAGAGAGUGGUGGUGAUGGUGAUAAAGAGGAGAAGCUAAUGCAAGUGAUUGAGAAGCUAAGAUUGGAGUUAGAGAAUGAGAAGAGGAAAUCGUCUAGCUUAGAGUCGGAGUUGGAGUUUCUGAAGUUGCAUAUCACAAGUACUUCUGAUGUCUAAAUAAGGAUAUAUAGCAUAGCCACUUAAUUAUGUUUUUAAAUAAAAUGAUCGAUGUUUCAAUUUAUUAGUUGUAUGUGUCACAAAACUAAUAUAGAUCGGCUUUCUUGCUGUUGCUAA